AUGCUAAAUCAUGUGCUUAGAAAUGUGURGGUACCAAAUGCAAAUUAUGAGUUCYCAUUGUUGGAAAAAUAUAAAGCAAGAGGUCUGAAAUUUCAAUAUAAAUGGUUUACAGAAUUUAAUUGGCUUGUUUAUUCAGAAAUUAARCAAGGAGYUUUUUGCAAAUACUGUUUGCUUUUUGCUAAAUAUGGCGGGAUUGGUGGCCAGCCUCUGGGGCAAUUAGUUUCAACUGCUUUUUCAAACUGGAAAAAAGCAAAAGAGACAUUUCGAAAUCAUUCCCAGUUGAAAUACCAUUUAUCAUCUGUAUUAGAUGCUGACCAUUUUUUAACUAUACUUGACCAUAAACAAGUUACUAUAAUUGAAAAAUUAGAAACACAUAGGACWGAAAAAAUUAAAUUGAAUAGAAGUCGCCUAAUUCCAAUAAUUGAAUGUGUCAUAUUAUGUGGACAACAAGAAAUCGCACUCAGAGGACAUCGCGAUUCUGGAAAAAUAAAUGAAUUUGAAAAUCAAGGUAACUUUCGGGCAAUUUUAAAGUAUAGAUCCCGUGGUGAUACUUUUUUAAAUAGUAUUAUAGAAGAAGAAAGAGGUUACAAAUACAUAUCACCAACAAUGCAAAACGAAAUUAUUUGUAUUUGUGAUAAAUUAAUUUUAAAAGAAAUAGUUGGGAAAGUAAAUGCUGCUGAGGGGUUUGCAGUUUUAGCUGAUGAAACAACAGAUAUUGCUACAAAAGAACAACUGACAUUAUGCGUUCGUUUUAUAGACAAUAACAAUAUGGUUAAUGAAAGUUUUCUUCAAUUUGUUAUUAUUCACAGUUUAACGGGAAAUGACCUGGCAUCUGCUAUAAUAAAUGAAAUACCAAAAUAUAAACAUAAGACAGAUUUAAUAAGGUUAGAUAGCGUUCAUGAAUUACCUCAUUCUCUUGAUAACAUAGAAUUUAUGGCAGACAACGAGUUAGAAUGCCAAAAGGGCAUGGUGGUACAUAAUUGA